AUGCAAUUUCAAAAUCUGCAAUUUUAUCCAUCCGCUCCAUCUUACUACACACUCGUGAUGACUGAUCCUGAUGCUGGGGAAGUGAGUGAAGUCAAGCAUUGGAUAGUGGUGAAUAUUCCCGGAAAUGACAUCGCCAGAGGUGAAACGAUCGCUGAGUAUAUUGGACCUGCACCGCCGAAUGGCAGCGGUUUGCACAGAUACGUAUUCCUGGUCUAUGAGCAGCCCGAUGGACCUAUGCAAUUCAACGAGCCCUAUUCCGACGACGAUGACUUCUCCUACAGGCCCUUCUUCCGUGUGCAGCAGUUUGCUGACCAAUACAAUCUGGGAACGCCAGUGGCGGGAAAUUUCUUUCUAGCCGCGUGGGAUGAAUCUGUGCCAGCUCUUCGAGCUCGUCUCGGAUUGAACUAG